AUGGACGUAUAUAUUGGGAGGUCACCAGUUGAGUUAGCCGAGAAGCCGCUCGAAAUGCGUAUGAUGCUGUCAACGCUGACACCACGACUUGUCUCCAGGCAAUGCAUGAAUCGAAUUAUUGCCAUCAGAAGCGCAUCCAAGGGAAUGCAGCUCUCGGGGAAGCAGAGCUUGACCGUUGAUCCAGCACUUGGACAUUUCAAAUACGAGAGGGACAUUUCUCGAGAUCCUCGUUAUACCAAUCCACAGAAGCUCGGCGACACCCCCACGAGGUAUGUCUUAACUUGGUGCAGAUGCUUCUAA